AUGUACAAGUUGCUUUUGGCUACUUUAAUUUGCUUGGUUGUAGCUUUACCUACUGCUCUCUGCUCUCCAAAAAAGCCUGAUGUUUCAGUUAAGGACUUACUUACCUACAAUUAAUGGAGAAAUAAACACUAAAGAGUUUAUUUGAAUGAACAUGAACAACUCUUCAGAUAACUUAUCUUCUUAGAAAAUCUUGCUAAGGUUAAUGAACACAACCAAAAAUCAAAUGCAACUUAUACUAUUGGUUUAAACAAGUUUUCUGACUUUACUUAGGAAGAAUUCAAGCACAGAAUCCUUAACAAGAAACUCGGAACUAGAGGUUCAAGAUUACUAUAAGAUACUGAUGGAGAAGACAUAAAUGACAACACAGAUAAUACUGAUAACAAUGAUAACACUGACAACAACGAUAACAAUGAUAACAAUGAUAAUAAUGACAACAAUGACAACAAUGAUAACAAUAACAACGAUAACAACAAUGACGACAACAACAACAAUAACAAUGACAAUAACAAUAACAACAAUAAUAAUCAAAACAACACUAACACAACUGUUGCUGCUUCUGUUGAUUGGAGAAAUGUUAAGAAUGUCUUAAACCCUGUUAAGGAUUAAGGAUAAUGUGGUUCUUGCUGGACUUUUGGUGCUGCUGGUGUCAUGGAAUCCUUCAAUGCUAUUACUAAUGGAGUACUCAAGAGCUUUUCUGAAUAGUAACUUGUUGACUGUGUUCAUCAAGCUGGUUUCUCUUCUGAUGGUUGCAAUGGUGGUUUCUAAUCAGAUGGUGUUGAAUAUGCUAUCAAGUUUGGUAUUGUUACUGAAGACAAAUACCCUUACACUGCUGUUGGUGGUGAUUGUUAAAUUAGCAAUCCUACUACUGAUGGAUUCUACCCUAAGACCUAUAGAAAACUCCAACAAACUGUUGAUGAUUUAAAGGCUAGUCUUAACUUUUCUCCUGUUACCGUUUCAGUUGAUGCCUCAAACUGGAAUUCUUACGAAAGUGGUAUUUUUGAUAACUGUGGAGAAACUACUUAAGAUUAACUUAAUCAUGCUGUAAUUGCUGUUGGUUAUGACACAGAUGGUAACUGGAUUAUUAGAAACUCUUGGAGUACCUCAUGGGGUGAAGAUGGUUAUAUUAGAUUAGCUGCUGGUAACACUUGUGGUGUUUUACUUGAUAAUUUAAUUGUUCUUUCUUGA